GGACUAGUCACAAUCUGGUUUCUGGUCAGGAGCUUCCUUGUUGUUGAAGUUACAAGAUGUUCUCCGUAUUCACAGAGCUUAUUGGCCUUUGCCUUGGAAUAGUGGGAAUGCUGUUAACCUUGGUGGCCACCAUUUUGCCACACUGGCGGAUCACUGCACAUAUUGGAUCAAACAUUAUAACGGCAGUGGGGUACUUAAAAGGGCUCUGGAUGGCAUGUGCCUACUAUAGCACUGGCACCUUCCAGUGCGAAACUUACAAAUCUCUUUUAGCUCUGCCACCGGACUUACAGGCUGCUCGAGGCAUGAUGGUCGUCUCCAUGGUGCUGUCGCUUGCAGGCUGUGCUAUAGCCAUUACUGGGAUGAAGUGUACUGUUUUCAUGCAAGGAGCAGAUGCCAAAUCACGCCUCGCAGGAACUGGAGGGUUCUGUUUCGUAGCUGCUGGCUUCUUUUGCAUCAUUCCUAUUUCCUGGACAACUAAUGAAAUUAUCCGCAUGUUCUAUAGCCCAGUGAUACCUUCCAGUUUUAAGUAUGAGAUUGGAGCGGCACUUUACUUGGGCAUGGCAUCUGCCCUCCUGUCCAUAUUCGGUGGUGCUGUUCUCUGCUUCUCAUGCUGUAGGAAUGAAGGUGAAAGUGCCAGGUAUCGGGGCCACAGAAGUCAACCGUUUCAUCCUCGACCCUACCACUCCAAUGCUUAUCCUAGCCAUCCAAUGACCUUCCAGAACCCUGCAGCACUAAGUGCUGUCAACCCAGCAAGUAAUAACAGGCAUGAUGGGAGAAGUGCAUCUUCUGCCUGUGGAAACAGCUCCUCAGGCUAUGACCUCAAUGGAUUUGUAUGAGAUGGACAAACUGGACAUAGGAUUGCUUUUUUACAGCCUACUGCAGGAACAGCCAAAGCUAACAUAUGCUGAAAUACAAGAUCCUUGACAAAUCCAACAGUUUGGUAAGAGAGAAUCUGUUGCUUGAUGAAUGUCAGCAGCAAUGUACUUAAGUCUGUUCUGGAAAUAUGAUGAAGAAACACAGAGGUACUAGAGUUUUAUGUUGCACUUAUCAGUACAGCACAUGGUCUACAUUUUCUAUGAUUAGCCCUCUAUGUUCACUGUCAAUUUGCAUGAAAUAACUUGUGAGGGAGAUGAUGAACAACGUAUAGACACCAGAGUGAACUGAUUCUUGGCUGCCCAGAUAGACAACAUGAGAAGGUAAACCUAAGGCAAACAAAUAAAGAUAAUCCAAAUUUAAUCCUCCCUGGAAACUGGGACUGUGAGCUAUAUAAUGGCAAGAGGUUUGGUUUGGAAGUUCAAAAAAGUACAUUUUUUUAAGAAUCUAGAGAUGGCAUGCAAGCUCUUCCUGUAGCAACCAACAAAGAUGAAAAAAUCUACAAAUACUUCCCAGUAGGGUAAAAAGUGUGCUUGCUUUUUAUACAUCUAUCCAUACACAGUUCCCAAUGGCACACUGGGUGUCAUCCAGGUAGAGCUGGAUGUCAGCGUGACUGGACAAUGCGACUCCAGAAUGGAAAGAAGGUGAGUUCCUAUCCACUUAAUGAAUAUUAACAAGACAGACAUUACCAGUGAUGCACCAGGACACUGGAUUUAAAGCCACCACCACAUCUAGAGCUACAUACGCCAAAGAGGACUGGAAAAUAAAAGUGAAAGAGACAUUUCCAUAUUGGACAUAAAGGGAGAAAUUUACUUAAGUGGACAAGAAAGGAGAACUGGCAACUUGUUUGUUUCACUAUUCUUAUUUGAUUGUUGAAAUCCAAUGUCUGACACAGCUUAGCUUUCCUUAGACACCAAUGCAUCCCUGAAUUUCAUGUUUUAUUGUUUAUUCACCUGUAUAUGUGUGCAUUUAAACGUGUGAAUGCUGUACUGUUGUGUACCUUAGUGUUGUCAUACUUUUAACAAUUUAUGUAAGAGCCUGAAUUCAGGGAAGAAUGCCAUAAUCAGAAUAAACCAAACUGAAUGCGAUCUCUGUAUAUGUUUCAUAGUAUACUUCUAAUGUCCUGAAUGAUAUGAAUAUUUUAAAGUGGUGUGGUCUGCGUUUAGUGUACUAUAUUGUUCUGUCUCGUCUUAUUGAUUUGCUGAAUGCUACCUACAAGCCAUGUCGCCACAAACGCAAACUUACACAGCACUUUGUAAUCUGCUCUAGUGGGAAUAUGAACUCUGGCUCUACACUUUUUAAUGCUAUGUUCUUUACAAAUGUGUUUUCCUGGAUUUGCUCUUUAUAUUUAAAAGGGGAAUCGGCUAAAACAAAGAACAUUUAUUUCUAUAUAACAUUUCCAUAUGAAGUUCUUUACACAUAGUAUAAGAAACAUUACAAUUACAAAAGUAAGUCUUGCUAUUUUAAAUGACCAUUUUAAAGGCUCACCCUGGCUGGCUGGCUGGGUAUUAGAGCAGAAGAUUUUACAGCACUUAACCUCUUUUAGUUUCUUUUUACAAAUGCAAGGAGGAUGGCUUAUUCUAACCUCAGGCCACAGGGGAAACAAAAGUAAAUAAAAAGUAAACAAAGACAACAAAUCCGUAACAGAACAGAUAAAUUAUAACUUAAUUAAGAUUUUUCUUCAGUAUUUAAACCUUAUAAUGGUUAACCUCAACAUCUAAUUUGACAAUACAUUUACUGGUAGACACCUUUAUCCAAGGGACUUACAACAUUUGUGAUACGAUUGGAAACAUUUCUUUUGUUUUCUAUUUGGAGCACAGGCAGGUGAAGUGAUUUGCUCGUGGGCACACAGUGUCAGUAUCAGAACCCACAACCUCAGGGUUUGAACUUAUCCACUAUCCCACACUGCCUACAAUCUCAUAUAUGCUAUUGUCAGCUAGUCCACAGAGGAGCUUCUGUUCUCAUUACAAAAUAAACCUCUGGGGUUUUUCAAUUAUAAAUGACCACUCAGCCACCCUGGAGUCCGUAGAUUAAUUUAUUAUGACUGUUUCCAUGGUUAAAAUGCCUUUCUUUUUUGUUAGGGGAUGUCUAUGUAAAUUGUUAGAGGUCUAGAUAUUUUUGUAUGAACUUGGAACAAAUAAAAAAUGAAGGAGUGUAUUAGCAUAAUUUAUUCACGACUUCAAACUCUAGAUGAUGAAAUUAGUGAAAGAGUGUUGUGGCCUGCAGGGGGCAUCUCUCACCCUUGAC